UUCCACAGCAAUUAUAUAGCGAGCUAAGUCAAACUCCUUUCCGUCCUAUGACUUUAAUGCCAAGUACUUUAAAAAAUAAAAUGAUACUGGUAAUGCCAACACAAAGUGCAAAUCAGGAUAUCAGUCAUAAUGGAGUAGGUGGAUAGAUUACUGGAUAUAUUGAAGACAUACGGUAAUAAUAUAAUGCUUUUAUCAUGAUUGACCAUUAGACAAAACUGAAAUCACCAAUACUGAAAUAAAUUAUAACAUAAUUUUGAAUUCCACCUAACUAAACAAUAGAUAGCUUAGACAACAAUAAAUCAAGAUAAAAAGAACUAGCGAAAUUGGCUCUCGGAUAUUGCAAUAAUGAUCUUCGUCUCGUUGGUAAAUGUUCCUACUUGUAUGUAUGUAUACGUAUCACUUUUACGAAAAUAAUGGUUUUGAUUUCAAUGCUAAGCCAAUUGAUUAAUCAAUAUAUGUUUAAAAAAUUGUGGUGUUGCACAUAACUUCUGUGAGAUGUUACGCAUAUACCAGCUAUAUUAAUUUCUCAUCGCUUACUUUAACCCGUUUAAACUCCAACUUAAAAAACUGUUUAAGAAUAAAAAAUCAAAACAUACAUAGAAUUAAAAAAAAAAAUAGAAGAAGAUGAAACGUUAUCUUCAAAUUUACUGAAGCUCUAAUACCCUUCACAGGGGCAUUUAUUUAGCAUAUAAGAGUAUAAAAAGAUCUUUAACGUUUCGUUAACCGAUCAGUUUGUAUGGCAGCUAUACUGUAUAGUGGUCGGAUCUGAUAUAUUCGUAGAUUGUAGUGGUAACUUGGGCUAUAACAGCUCAAUGACCUCUUUGUUUACAUUUUAUGGGGUCAAUAACCCUUUUGUUUACCUUUAACCAAGUCAAUAACUUUUGUUUGCAUUUAGCUAAGACAUCUACAUUAGUUAACUUUUAAUUAAAUUUAAGGCAACGACCUUUUUGUUUACAUUUUAUGAGGUCAAUGCCUUCCUUGUAAAUUGUUGACCGCUCAAAAACAAGUCCCUGUGAAGAAAACUUUUUUAUUUGACAAUAUAAUGUAUCUUCAAAAAAUGUAGCUCAAAAAACUGUUAAACUAUUUUAUUUGGUAGAUUAACUACAUAUAUACGAGUAAAUUAUUAAGCGGAUUCUUGCCAAAGGCAUGAGCUUAUUACACAGAUUGGUCCAAUAUCAAGAUAAAGAUCUUUUUUUUCCUUUUAUGCAAUAAAAAAUAAACCUGUGGUGAGUCUUAUAGCAGGCUUUAAAACACCGCAAUCGUUCGACUUUCUUUAUAUUAUAUUUUGUUCGUUACAAUCAAAAACGGUUAAUAUAAUAUUAAUAUGUGAUGAAAUUUCGCAAGGUACAGACUUCGUCGAAACAAAGCCAAUAUUUUUUAUAUCUUCUUAUGCAUUUUCUACAGGAAAACUUUUAUUUGCCAGCUGAUUUUAAUCAGUUUGUGACGAAAACCUGCCUAACGACUUAUACUUACCGCACAACAUAUCUUCAAAAUGGGUCUACAACUGUUGCAAGCCGGGAGCAAGUUAUAUCUAAUAUAGCUACGGAAGAGCGUAACUAUAUGGAGAUCACACCAUCUUUACCCUUGGGUUUAACUUUCACGCAAACGACUUCGUUAGCGAUAGGAAUAUUUCCCACGACAUAUUCUUAUUACAACACAAUAAAUGAUAAUGACCAUUCAGUGGUACAGUUAUCCAAGCAUACGAUUGUUAAUACGAUAACAGGGCCGGAUGGUUACAUAAACUUUCUUCAGCCAUCUGAAGAGGCUACACCUAUAUACGAAACUAAUACAUAUUACAGCAAGUUAAAAUUUACAAAUAUCAUACAAACAAAUGAUGCUCAAGAAAUGUUUGUAACCACCAACAUACUCACACAAGUGAUAGUAACAGAGUCACUGGCGCCACGUAAUUCACUACUGCUAAAAUACAUUGGACCUAGUUCCACACAUAUUAAAAGCGAAUCUGAUAGGAUAUUAACAUAUAAAACAUCGGAACCUAUAAAACAUCCGAAAACAAUAUUGUAUGAAAAGAAAAGUAAAUACAAUAUGCAUAUAUUUACAACAAAAACAUUUGUUACAACAUUAACUUAUUUGAAAACAACAUUAGUAAAGGCGAGUGAUAACGAAAAUUAUUCCACGAUGCAUACAAUUUUACCGUUCAAAAAAUUAGCAACAUCGGGGAUGGUUGAACGAAUACAAAGUGCACAAAAUGAGCAUAAUUCCACUGAUAGUUAUCGCACCCGUAUUAUCGAGAAUGUAAUCACAGAAACAGUACCUAGUUCGUUGCUUCACAAUAAGUUGGUUUCAAAAUUUCGUGACGUAUUGCAAACUACUAAGCCCGAACGACAUAUUUUUAUAACUAAUACUUCCUUAUUGAAUGGUCAAACGUUAGAAAUAACAGCAAUGAGUGUAUUCAACCCAUCAUUAGCCGCGGCGAAAGAAGAAUUAAAAAAUGGUUUAACACCAGAGGAAACAACAGUGGUCAUGUCUACAAGCGUUCCGUUGCAAAAGAUACAUACAUUGAGUGAUGUGCUAAGUAAACGCACAAAGUUGAACACCACGUUAAAAGUAUCGACUACAGCCACGAAAAUACAAAACAUAUCUACAGGACUAUCUAAUGUAGUGCAUGAAAUAUUUGAUGAGGACACAUUAAGUGCGAACACUGAAUACAACGAAUACUAUUCAAGCAAAUCACCGCAGUUUCUUACACCAUCUGAACCACAAAAAAAUCAGACAAAACUACAUUUGGUUGAUAAUAUUAUCAUUACUACACCUACGAACAACAAAACUCGGCUACCGGUUGCAGUCAGUCAAAUAAUUGACUCACUGAACUUACAAGGUUUGAAUGCUUUACGGCCAGUUAUAAACGCUAUGGCUGGUUUGUUACAAGGUAGUUUUGCUACAGCUUCAAAUCAGUUACAGCUAAUAGGUAGUUCUUCAGUUCCAUCACCGUUGUCAACUGGUACAGAAAUUGCAUCCGUUGGCAGCAGUAUACAUAUCAGCAGUACGAAAAGAUAUGAUUAUCAAGAAAUAAAUGGAGGUGCAGUAAUAAAGCAGGAAAAGCCUUUAUAUAUACCAGUAAUAGAUUAUGAAAUUUUUAGUCAUAAAAAAAAAUUAUCUAACAAUGCAGCUGUAAGCGCAGGCGGGGAACCAUUAGGCAUGUAUACUGCGCAAAUUUUGAACUUACAAUCAGACGCAGAUAUUAAAUAUCUACAACAACAAACCCUGUCCCACCAUGAAAAUAGCCGUAAAAAAUCACAAAGUUUGAAUAUGUUAACAGGAACCAAUAAUUUUAACAUUUUGCUUAUUAAUGGAGGUAUACCGAUUAGACCGGGAGACGUUAUCAGAGCUAAUUCUGAUGUUAUUAUUGGUAAACCGAAUGGCAUCCAGCAUCCUCAAAGUCUUCUUGCUAGUAAUUUAGCGAAAUUGGAGGAACAAAGCCAAAAUCUUAAUGUGAAAAAUUUUGAUAAAAUGUAUAAGCAGCACGUUCAAGCAUUUGGUGGUAACAAUAAGCCUUUUAUGAGUAGCAAUAUAAGCACAAUACCUCUAAGCCAUGAAUCACAAACCCAGAACUGGAACUCACAAGGCAAGCCAAUACUGAAGCAUACGAAUAAUUUUCCGUCAAAAUUAACAACUCAACAGGUUAUCCGCAAUUAUUAUGCACACAAUAAUUGGUUACCAGCAGAAAAUUAUCAAAAUUAUGAUUACCUGUUAACCCCACCACCAUCAGCGGUCCUUUCAAAUAUAGAAAAAUUGGAACCAAUGCCUUCAUCACAUAUAAAAAAUUUUACUGUACUAAAAAGUUUACUGCCUACAAGGCUUUUAACUCCUGUUAACGAUUUGCACAAAUCAAAAAAAAGGUAUUACGCUAUAAAUAAUAAUAUUGCUAGUACUCACACGGACGCACAAAUAUAUGACAGGAAUUUAGCAUCUAGUAAUAAUAAUAAGUUAAUAAAGAUGCAUGACUUAAUAAUGCAUACAUCUAAAAAAUAUAUUAAUUAUCACGGAAAGUUUCCGCAAGCCCGUCAACAGCCAGAAGUUUUUAGAUUUAUACAACAACAGUCGCAACAAAUGGAAAAUCAGGAAAAUGAGAGCUCAUUGCCAAAAUACUCACCAUACUCAUAUUCAGCUUUAAAUGCUUCUGAUGACGCCGUGGUGUUGACACCACAGCCGUCAAAAUCGCCGGGAGUACAUUUAGGUGCGCAAGCCAAUCAUCAAAAUAUAAAUUUGCAUACACACGUUUUCAGUCAUAAUGUGAAUAUGCAUGCACCCCCUUUGACAUUUAAAAAGGAAACAGACUAUCCAAAGUAUGCAACCGCUAUACAUGGUCAGAUACCGAAAGUUGCUGAAGGUGCGGUCACAUACACAAUGCCACUUAUAAAAAUUCCACACAACGAAAAAGAAGUGCAAGUUAAUUUGACACCUCAAAAUAUUAUCGAACAAAUCGGUAACCGCGGUGUUAUUGCAUAUACAAAGAACAUUACUAAUACAAAAACUAUUUAUGUGGAAAAUAUCGCCGACAGCUCAGUUAUUGAUCCAUUUUCUCUUUACAACAGCUUACCUAGUGACUUGACGAACUUACAGCAGCAGGAAUCUAAAGCUCAAAAGCCGCUACAAACACAAUUUAACCAUAACUAUCCACAUAUUUAUAUAAUGGCAAAUAAUAAUAAUAAUAUAGAUAUCCACAAUCAAAGCUCCGGCAAUAGAGAUGAUGUCAAAAAUGAAUAUCAAGCUAUAUUUUUACCCGCAGCAGCUGGUGUAACGACAUCAGAUACGCUGACUCAGCAGCGGUAUCCACAGCAUGCUGGUUAUAAAGUUAAUAUGUACAGCACAAAUGCAAAUGCUAAUAAGAAAUUAACAGACGUUAUAAAAAAUGUGACAGGUGUAAAUCACGCAAUUGCUGGUUCUCUAAACACAGCAAGUUUAUACUACCAAUCAAAUAACACGAUUGACGAAAUAAGUUUUUUAAAAAGUGGCAAUACUUAUGAUACAGCUGAUGAUGGGCUUCUUGACAAUAAUAGUAAAACCAGUGCGUUUAUAUCUCACAAAAAUCUAGUUAACAGCAAAUCUAAGCCCAAAAAUAGUCACUAUAUCAAUGUGGACGAGGAAGAUAUUGAAUUAAACGUGGAUCAACACACGGCAUCGGCAACAAAUAGUUUAUAUCAAAAAAUGCGCACCGAACAACAGAAAGUUUUACAACCAUUUUUUUCACCCGUUGCUGCAAUGAAAGCCAGUAAUACACACACUACAAUUUUGGAGCAGUUAAAUGGAGAUGUCACCAGAAAUUCUCAACGAAACUCUACUGUUCCUUCAAGUCGAAAAAAUACACAUCCUAUAAGCUACUAUGCAACUAAAGUUACGCAAGAGCACGUAGAAAUAUCAACAAAGUCGCCGGUAACUUCCCAAAUGAGUCUUAAUGAAAAUAAAUGCACACCAAAUACACAGUUAUUGCCGAGUGGUAUCCAUUUCGCUGUUGAAAGAUCGCAAAUUUUACAAAAUGCGACACAAAAACAGCAUAAAAAAACGAUUUAUUUUGCUAAAGGCGAUGUUUUUAAGACGAAUCAUGAAACCGAUGCCUUAAGUGUACAUACAGAUGACUUAAUAAGCGCAGUGUCAAAAAGUAAACAGGAAUAUAAACAAACGUCAAAAACAGGGGAAAGUAAUAAAAAUAAAAUAUUAGCAACAAAAGAACAGGUUUUACAUGCAACAACCACAAUGCAUUUUCCAAACGUCAACAAGAUUGAUGAACCUCAAGUCACGAUCAGUAAUAAACAACCAACCCACAACGAAACGCCCACAAUUAAUCAGCCUCAAGAAAAAAUAUGCGAUUUACCUUCGCCUAUUACAACAUCAUCAACAUUAUCACCACCUCCAAAACAACAACAGCCCGAACCUUUACCAAGUGUUAAGCUACAGACAGCGGUUGAACAUAUAAGUAACACCCAGGAUUACAAGACCAUCAACUUAAAGGUAAUAUUGCAAACACUAUUACAAUCGGCACCACUACAUGCAACACAAAUACCAUUACCAUCGCACACAAAAAAUAGAUACAUUUGGCGUACAACAGCGCUCACACCAAACCGGAACAUACCGAAAGAAAUACCCAUAUCGAAAAUUAAUGACACAUUGACGCACAGCGUCGUAAAGGGAGACAUAAAUUUAAUCUCGAGUACAAAGGCGUUUCUGGGUAUAUCAACAAAUGCACUUUCAUCAAUAAAUUAUAAUGCUAAUAAACAUGUUAAGCCAACAGCAACAAUGAGAGAUACAAGCAGUAUAUCAUUAGUAUGGAAUUCAUCCACUGUAUAUACAGCUUUUCAAUUUCCAGGAAAGCAUGUUAAUAAUUUCACUGCAGAUUCAAAAUACACUACAGAGCUGUAUACAAAUAACAAAACAAAGAUUACAAUGUCUGUGCAACAAUCAAGCGAGUAUGAAUUAAAACCAAAGGCACAUGUGAACAUUAUAAGCAAUCAUUAUGUGUUGGUUACUAUCAAACCUUUUCUCGAAUCUUCAGAAGCGGCAACAAUAUCCCCAAGUAGUAGAGCGUCGCUAACAGACGCUUUCACGCAUUUAAAGGCUUUACCAAAUGGAUUUCUUGGCGCGAUCGUAGAGAAAUCAAAUCUUACAAAUGACGAAACAAAAAGUCAAUGGCACCUAAAGUACAAUAGUCGAACAAACAUUUCUUUAGAUACCAUAUUUUACAAUAUUGAGUUAUUACCAACAAAGUAUAUAACAAAUAAUAUAACUUCUUCCAGCACAGAUAGUAAGAUACUUAAAACAACUGCGUAUGAACUGUUUCAAAAUUUUUCUUUCUUUGAAACCAAACUACAAACGACCGAUAAUACAAUAACGCUAUCCGAAUUUGAAACCGCAACAGUAACAGAAUCAAAAUCUUCAACCGAGAAAGCAAAAGAGACAACAACGAAAAUACUAGAAACAUAUACAAACACACAUUUUAAUGUAGGCAAUUAUAUCUUACCACAAUAUGAGCAGGAUCCCUUCACGCACUCGAUUCUAAGCCACAAACCCCAAAACAAUAAUAUAAAGCAUAAUAAUAGUUUUGUAAUAUAUGAAAACAAUUUAAAUAAAACCAAUAAGGGUAUAAAAAAUGAAGUACCAAUUCUCAGCAUUUCAAAUAUAACUGCAGAAAGUGUCUACGAGCCAAAAAACAGCAUUUUUAUUGUGAUGACAAACUCACAAAGUAAUAUUAAAGCCAAACAACCACAUGACCUGUCAAACGUUAUUAAACUUGAUAGCGCAGAUGCCUCGUCUACUGUUUAUGGCGCCGCUAGUGAUUUUGACAAUAUUGACACAAAUACAGGGUCUAUACAAUUAGAUUAUGAUGACAGCGUAUCGGUGUUUAAUUUACCUGCACGAGAUGAAGAGUCUAUUGCCGAGCCGCAUGAUUUUCGUACAAAAAUAAAUCAAGUACUGCAGGGGGGUGUACUUAUAGCAACACCACCGAAGAUGAACGAUUAUACCGGUAUCAAUCCAAUGAAAAAUUCAACAUGCCUGCCUCCAUGCAAAAUGACACGUAAUGAGGUGUGCACUCUGGCAGAGUUACGCUGGCUUUGUGUUUGUCGCCCUGGCUUUGCACGCAUGUUUCCCGAUCGCCCGUGUAAACCAACUUACACAUACCAACUGAGCCUACGAAUUGACCAUUUUGGGGAUUUUAAAUUGGUUUACGAUCACGUAUUGGCCGAUAAUUCCACUAAUGAGUAUAAGAAUCUCGCAACAGUUACGAAGGAAGCAAUAAAUCGUAUGGUAAUGCAAUCCGAUUUACGAGAUAUUUAUCAUGGUGUACAGUUGUCAACAUUUACUCCAAUAUACGACGGAAAUAUGGACACUGGUGGCACAGAAGCAUCUGAUUUAUCAGCAAAUUUACUCUUACAGCUUUCAGAAAAUAGCAACGAGGUACGUCUAAUGGCUGUAUUUAAAAAGUAUUUACGCUUAACUAGCUAUAGCAUCGGUGGCACAAAACUCUUCACGGAUCGUAAUGGUGCAGAAUCUUUGGCGAUAACAGAUUUCAACGAGUGUGCGCAUGGGAAUUUCCACGAUUGUUCUUCACACGCUCUUUGCUUUAAUCUGAAAGGCACAUAUACAUGUAGUUGCAAGGAGAAUUUUGCAGACUUAUCAGGCAACAGAAUUUAUCCGGGUCGUAUAUGUUCAGCCGAACUAGUCGGAUGCGAUCGAUGCCACUAUCACGGCAAAUGUGCCAUCAGGAAAUUCAAUCACCCAUACACUUCGGAGCAUGUAGUGUGCGAAUGCUUUGCCUGGUAUACCGGUUCAACAUGCCAACUGAAUUUAAAAAUAGUUCUUAUAAUUUUAAUAGCCGUCGGUACGCUUCUCUUUACACUCUUGAUCUUUUGCGUUCUUCUUAUGUGUACCAAACGGCAUACCUUGCGUAAAAAAUUUCCUGCUGCAUCAAAAUCUAACACGGGUAUUCAUAGAAUAACUGAAUUACCCGAUAUUAGUCUAAUAAAUGGCAAAAGUACACAUGGUCUAAGAGGUUGUAGAUCGAAGCGCAUUAAUCUCGAUAAAUGUGCAAUAAUCAAGGAUACUAGCAGUGAAAGUAGUAAAAAUACGUUGCUAUAUGUUUUAAAGAAGGAUCCAACUGACAUUUCUAAAAAAUCGUAUCGUCGAUCCAGAGAUCCGCAUAUAAAGGCGGACAGUAGAAGUGUGAAUGUGGAAGGACAACGAUAUUCACCUUAUGGUCACGUAGCAAAACCAGAAACAGCCAAUGUUAAUGCCACCUAUAGUGAAGAAUAUACAUUAAACAAACAUAAUUCAUUCACGGAUUCAACGUAUAAACCUACAAGUCAUACAGAUCAGUCAUUAACAGUAAUGAUACCACGUGCUAAAUAUCAUUCUACCGUGUUGGCACAAACUGGAUUAUUUCACCAACACUUAAUAAUGGAACAUACAAAAAACCAACAUGAACAACGACGAAUACAACAAAAGCGGUAUAAUAAAUCAGAUGUUACCACUUUAAUGACACUAAGACGGGACAACGACCGUAAUAAUAUGCGAAAACAUAAAAAAGAAUCAUCGAAACUGAACAUUAGAGGAUCUAAACAUGUAGAGGUGAUGCCUGGUCGAAACAUUGUGAACGACGACUGUGAACUAAAAAAUAUGCAUCUGCAUCAGUUGGGAGCUCUUGUUUCAGCCGGAUUUGAGGUAUCAGCCUUAGUAGGUGAAAAUAUAUUAAUUACCAGCAGCACUGCAAAAAACAAGCAUAUAACAUUGGCCUUAAACAACAGUGGCAUUAUUGAUGAGUUCGAUUCAAAUAACCUCCGAUCUAAUAUCAAUAGGGGCUGCGAUAUUGCUAAAAACAAUGACUCCAAAGAUUCAAACAUAGAUAACAGUAAAAGAACAAUACGAUUGAAUCAAGCCACACUUGCUCCAAGUGAACAACAAAAACAAUACCAUCAACAAAUGGCCAAACUAUGUUCAUAUAGAUCGUCAAGUGAAAACCGUAGUUCUGGGAAGGAUGAAAAUAACUUUCUCGACUCAAUGGAUGUUUGGUUUGGGCAUUAUCAACGAAAUAAGCUAUCAACUGAGGCGCAAUCUCCAUCUACAGCCCAAACCGCUAUGAAAUCUCUACACAGAUGCUGCGAUGUACUGACGUCCAACACAAAUGAUGAUACAAACUCAAUGGCAGAACGGGAUGUCGACUCCACAUUUCUAUUGCCGCAUACUCAUCUUUAUGAACCAGACAAGAAAGUGAUAUAUCUGGCUUCGAUUCAUUCUAACAUAUAGUGGAACGUUGUGAAAAUUAGCAGUUGGUCCAAAACUCAUUUAAGGAUUUUGAUUUUCAACAGUUCGCUAUUGGAAUAACAACUGAUAUGCUCCACAUUAACUUACAGAGUUGGUUUUUAUAAAUUUCUGGACUGAAAUAUGUUAUAAUUACGUAUUUACUGUAGUUGUUAUUACAAAAUGUAAUGAGCCCUCGUGUGUUGUGUUCCUAUGCGCUUUGGCAGGUGUACCUAUAUCUGCUCAGUUCAAAUGAAUGCCGUGGUAAUCAAACACUAUUAUCCAUCAAAUAUUAAUAGUAUAUUUAUCUAGAAUCAACAACAAUAUUCAAAUAUUCUAAACAUCAAGAAUAUUACAGUUAUUUAAUAUUUAAUUAUUAUAAACAGGGUACAUUAUGUUUGUCAUAAAGUUUGUAACACAGAAAAUGUAUAUAUAAAUUAUCAAAUAUAUAACAAAAUAAUACAUAAUA